AUGCAGAGUAGAGAGGCCAAGUGCAUUAUCGUCGACUUUACCGUGUCCGACGCGGACAGGCACGGGGACCUUGGGUUUGUCGAUAAUGAGAAUCGUUGUACUGUUGCCCAAACACGCAUGAUUGAGACCAUGGUCUGUGUGAUACCUUCGCGUGUUGCUGCUGGAACCGUGAAAACAAAUGCCACAGAACACAGGGAUUCCUUCGGAAAGAUCCUCCAGCCCAAGCUUCCCUACAUAUGUGAGUUUGUUCAGUGGGCAGCUGAGAAGGGGAUGGUCGUGGAAGCGGAUGGGCUCGAAAAUUCCUUCGGAAAGAUUGUCCUCCACAAGCUUCCCUACAUAGGUGAAUUGUUUCAGUGGGCAGCUGAGAAGGGGUUGGUUGUGGAGAUGGAUGGGCUUGAAAUUUAA